CAUUUUUUUUGUCGGUGAAAAUUUCUCUUUUUAUUUUUGUUUAUUUCUUUUUCUUUUCUCUAAGCUAUCCAAACUCAAAAGAAAAUCCAACUCAAGUUCAACGAGCUUUUCUAUUCCUACUUUAGGCAGAAUUUUGAAUAACACAUGUUUCUUAUUAUUGUUAACAUUUUAGGUUCGACUUAUUUAAUGAUUCGACUCCACAACCCAAAGUGUAAACGACCCAAGUUUUGUUCAUUGUUAGGCUAAAAUCAAUACUAAAAAAUGAAGUUAUUCAUAUUGAAAUUGAAUGUAAACCAAAAUCAAACUGAGUCAAGAUAAAAGUGGGUGGAAGAGGCUAAAAAGCAAACCUCCAAAGCCCAGAUAGAUGAACUUCACCUAACUCUUUACCACCCAAUUCCCCAAAUUAACUAAUGUCUAUCUCCCUUUCACUCCAACAUCUAUUUUCUGAAUUCUGAUGCUGAUUUCAUUUCAUUUUGCUUUAAUUAAUUAACAAAAUCCUUCUCUCUUACAUUACCCAAUUCCCACUUAAUUAACAACCUCCACUCCACCUGACCUAACAACAACUUCCUCCCCAAAUUCCCUUCUCUAUCUACAUCCAUCUUAUCUUCCACUUGAAGAAAAAGAAACCUAUAUUUCAAAACAAAACAAAAAAACUCAAAACUUCUUCCCUCUUUUGCAAUCAUGAAUUUCUUUCCUUUCGGUUCCGAGUUGUUGGAUUUUGGAAUUUGUUUGUUCCAACUUCAAACCCACAACCCACUUUUUCUCUGCUUUUUGUCCUCUUUCUUUUUGUACAAAUUGUAUGUUGUUUAAAACCCUGCCCUCUCAAAGCUCUGCCUCUUAUUCACCAACAACAGCCAUUACAGAACAGCGUGCUCUUUCCAAAUUAUGAGCACAGCCCGCUUUAUCAAAUGCGUCACCGUCGGGGACGGCGCCGUCGGGAAGACCUGUAUGCUGAUUUCUUACACUAGCAACACUUUUCCCACGGAUUAUGUUCCGACUGUGUUUGAUAACUUCAGCGCCAAUGUGGUAGUCGAUGGCAGCACUGUUAAUCUUGGCUUGUGGGACACUGCCGGACAGGAAGAUUACAACAGACUGAGGCCUCUGAGUUACAGAGGAGCUGAUGUUUUCUUAUUGGCAUUUUCUCUCAUUAGCAAAGCUAGUUAUGAGAACAUCUUCAAGAAGUGGCUUCCUGAACUUAAACAUUACGCUCCGAAUGUACCCAUCGUUUUGGUUGGAACUAAGCUUGAUCUACGAGACGACAGACAGUAUCUGAUUGAUCAUCCAGGCGCAACUCCCAUUACCCCAGCUCAGGGCGAGGAACUGAGGAAGAUGAUUGGGGCAAUUACAUACAUAGAAUGUAGUUCUAAGACUCAAAAGAAUGUUAAGAAUGUGUUUGAUGCGGCAAUAAAGGUAGCAUUGAGGCCUCCGAGACCAAAGAAAAAGGCUCGCAAGCAGAGGACAAAUUGUGCUUUACUUUGAAAAAUAAGUUCACAAACUCAUCUCCAAUCACUUUUAAUGGAAAAAUUAUUCCCUAUGGUUAAAUAAUUUCUAGAGUUUUCUUACAUAUGUAAUGACCAUAUUGAAUAAUUUUUCUAUUUUUCAUCCAUAUAUAAUAUAUUUUAUAUUUCCAUUUGUAAGGUUGGAGGUAUUCUCUCAAUCUCAAAGCUAUCCAUAUGAGAGAAACUUAUUAGUAGGUUUUGUUUUGGUUGAAUUGUAUUAUCCCUGCGGAGUUUAAUACUUGUGCCUUAACACA